AUGGAACACAAUAGUACAAUCGCUGCGACAACAGAUUCAGAAAAAGGAACAGGAAAUAAGGAAAAAGAAAUCUACAGAUGGAAAAAUACUAAUCAAACAAACUGGAAAAGAAGUAAAGAGUUGGAGAAGAAACGAAAAUGUUUGCCAUAUAAGAGUAAAAAAAGUUUCUUACAGCUAAACUACCUAAAAGUCCUAAAUGCAGCCAAAAUUGUCGCCAGAAAUGCACAGAAAAGUUUACACAAAACGAGCGUGAGAAACUUUGCAAAUCCUAUACAAGAUCUAUACAAGAUUUUAAGAUGCAAAAAAGAGUUUUUGCUUAAGCGCAUCAUCAUUAAGCCAGUACAGACUACAAGAAAAUCUGUACCAAUCGAAAAACAAAGAAGUUCUAGCAGAGAAUACGGUUUCUAUAAAAAUAAUACUGUAUUUGAACGAGUAUGCAAGAACUAUUUUAUGUCCACUCUUUGCAUUUCUACUGGUCCAAUAGAAACUGCAGUAAAACAUGUGGAUGAUCAUGGUGUAUUUACAAAAAUGGAUAAUCGUGGCAGACAAGUGCCUGCAAACAAAACUCCUGGAGAACAGAUACAAGAGAAAAUGAAAGAAAGCAAUAAAGUGCCAGUAAAAUUAAAAAUUUAUAAGAAAGUGUUUGGUACAGAAUACAAUUUAGCGUUCUAUCACCCCAAGAAGGAUCAAUGUAGCAUUUGUAACAAUUACAAAAAAGAUAAAACUAAUAUAAAUAUUCAAAAUGAGUAUACUCAACGUAUAGAGCGAAAAGAGGCAUCUUAUAGAUCUAAAGAGCUGGAUAAAAAGAAGUCGGGACAUGAAUCAUAUUUGUGUGUCACCAUGGACUUGCAAAGUCUACUGCAGAUUCCAUCGACUGCAGAUAGUCUAAUGUAUUAUUCCAGAAAAUUAAAUUUAUAUAAUUUAUCUAUUUAUGAGUUUAAACCUCCACAGAACGACGCUCACUGUAUGAUCUGGACGGAAAUCAACGGCAAAAGAGGCAUUGCUGAAAUAGCAUCUGCUAUUCAUUUAUGGAUUAAGAAUCUCCCCGAGGUUUUAAC